AUAAGAAAGAGUAAGACUUUCCUCCUUUGAAGCAUUCAGAGCUUGAUCAACACUGUUUACAAUUUUUUUUUUUUUUUUUUUUUCUUUGGUGUAUCUCAUUUGAUCUGGCUCUUUCCUCAACUGGGUCAUUCUUAUUUUUACAUUUUGCCGCUUUGAGGAGGGGUUUGAGGUGAAAGUUUCUUAAUUUAUGCGAAUUUUAGUAAUUUUGCUUUAUGGGUCUUGGGUAGGAUUUGGGAUGGGUUUGGAUGGUAGUUGGGUUUGAGAAUUUAGGGCUUGAGAGAGAAUGGGAUUUGGUGGUGGGGAUGGUAAAGUGAAGUCUUGGGCUGUGUGCAAAUCGAAUGGGAGGAAGAAGAAGAAGAAAAGUAGGGAUGAGGAACAAGAUGAUGGAGCUGUGGAGGAAACUGGGUGUUGGCUCAAGCUGAGGUUUAUUAGCAGCUGCAUUUCUUCAAGAUCCAAAGUUGAUAGCUCUGUGAGUGGAACCAGUACCCAUUAUGAAAAUAAAUCUGGCAAUGCAAGUAGAGACCAACCAACAGCUCCAGUAGUCUCAUCUACAACAACUAGCAAUGCAGAAAGUAAUUCAUCCACUUCAAAGCUUGAAGAGGAACUCAAAGUUUCUUCUCGGUUGCGGAAAUUCACAUUUAAUGAUCUUAAGUUGGCAACAAGAAAUUUUAGACCUGAGAGUCUACUUGGUGAAGGCGGUUUUGGAUGUGUAUUCAAGGGAUGGAUCGAAGAAAAUGGAACUGCUCCAGUCAAACCAGGAACGGGGCUUACUGUUGCUGUUAAAACUCUCAACCACGAUGGUCUCCAGGGUCAUAAAGAGUGGCUGGCUGAAGUUAAUUUUCUUGGUGAUCUCAUCCAUCCUAACUUGGUUAAACUUAUUGGUUAUUGCAUUGAAGAUGAUCAAAGACUGCUAGUAUAUGAGUUUAUGCCCCGAGGAAGCUUGGAGAACCACCUUUUUCGAAGGUCUUUGCCUCUUCCAUGGUCUAUAAGAAUGAAAAUUGCACUAGGUGCUGCAAAGGGACUGGCAUUUCUUCAUGAAGAAGCAGAAAGGCCAGUGAUAUAUCGUGAUUUUAAGACCUCUAACAUCCUACUAGAUGCAGACUAUAAUGCCAAGCUCUCUGAUUUUGGUCUUGCUAAAGAUGGUCCUGAAGGAGAUAAAACCCAUGUAUCAACCCGUGUGAUGGGAACUUAUGGCUAUGCAGCCCCAGAAUAUGUAAUGACUGGACAUCUAACAUCAAGGAGUGAUGUUUACAGUUUUGGUGUGGUUCUACUUGAAAUGUUGACUGGUAGACGAUCCAUGGACAAAAACCGACCUAAUGGAGAACAUAACCUUGUAGAGUGGGCUCGGCCUCAUCUCGGGGAGAGAAGAAGAUUCUACAGAUUGAUAGAUCCUCGACUUGAAGGUCAUUUUUCAAUUAAAGGUGCUCAGAAAGCUGCACAGCUGGCUGCUCACUGCUUAAGCCGUGAUCCAAAAGCAAGACCCUUAAUGAGUGAAGUUGUCGAAGCCUUGAAGCCACUGCCAAACUUAAAGGACAUGGCAAGCUCAUCAUAUUUUUUCCAGACCAUGCAAGCAGAACGUGUAGGCUCUAGCCCAAAUUCCAGAAAUGGCAUCCGGACUCAGGCUGCUUCUUUGUCAAGGAAUGGGCAGAGGAGCCUUUCAAUUCCAAACGGUUCUCAGCCUUCUCCAUAUCAUCAGCAGUUCCUCCGCCAAUCCCCAAAACCCAACGGGAAACCUUAUAAUUGAUCCUAUUUUUAAUGGUCUAUUUCUUUUCUUCCCUUCUCGGUACGAAUGUAUUCUGUGAGAGCAUUGUUCUUCGACAAGUGGGGAAAUGCAACAGCGAAAAAAUGCUUGCCUUAUUCUGUAUUUAGGAUUACAGCCUCCAAACAGGUUAGAGUCGGGCAGGUGGAGAUCAUGGAGGAAAAUGUCAAACAUGUCUCUAAUGUCUAAUCUAUUUGGAAAUAUCAAAGAUCAUCAUCUUCUGCCCUCUUCAUUUAAAUUUAAUGA